CUGAUCGACAGUCACAUCCACCUGCACUCUGCAAUGCCUGGUGCCAACAAAUGAAUUCCAUGGCUGAAGGUUAUCGUACCGCCAGCAGCCGGCGGACUGUGCCUGUGCUGAAGCCAUCGUAUCGUUCCAUAAUAACACGCCUCGUCUGCCCGCGCCUCGUCCGUCUUGUUCGUCAGCGCCGACGCAAAUGAGCCCCAAUGUGGUCGCCCCGUAGAAGCUGAACCCUGCCAGGUACCGCGACUCGUAGUUUGCUUCUGUCGGCGAUCGCGUCGCUACCAACGUCAAGCCACAACCUGCCAACUGCCCACGCCGUAGGUCUCCUUAUCACAGCAUGGGUCGCCCCAAAUUCUCCUUCUCUCUGGCUGGACGGCGGUCGAAAACCGACCAGGACGACGCAAGCUCCAAAUCCUCAGUCUCGUCGGUCCCCACAUGGCCCUUGCCCUACGCCGAACCCACCAACAUGAGCAAAGCCCACCGCGUGCUCGGGACGUCCGAGCCCGUGUACCGCACCACGUCGAAGCAGUCGUCCAUGCAGUCGUUGACGCUCCAGAGCCCCGGCUACAAGACCAAGGCCGCCUCCGAGGCCAGCUUUGGCUCUGCAAUCGACGCCCGAGGCCAGCCUGCCACCGACCACAACCGCUACCAGACACGCCCCGCCAUGUACUCGCACGACACGGGUGCGCGACGGGGCUCCGACAACAGCUCUGCCCACCACCGACUCCACCCGCAGCCGUCCAACUCCACAAUGCGCUCCCAUUACGACGCCAAGACCUCGCCGCUCUCGAUAUCGCAGCAAACGUCAAACUCGGCCGUCCGAGACAUGGCAUUGCGGAGAGGGCAGCCCCAGGUGGUUGACCGCACACACGACUACCCGGCGCCCGCUCUCGACAACCGCCCCGUCACCCGCGGAACGUCCAACGAGAACAAGACGGACAGGCGCAAAAGCAAGCCUGCGCGCUUGGACAUUUCCAAACUCUUUCCCAAGCCAAGGAUGGGCAGUGAUGGACGGAAGCACCAGACUGCGCUCCUCUCGCCCACCAAGAUGGUCAACUCCCCCGCCGCCAUGUCCAUGUCUUCGGGGCUCUUUCCUCGCCCCAUGGCUCGAGGGCCCACACCACAGCCUGCCAAGUCCAAAAAGACCGCGUCGCAACAAGACGCUCCCGCUUCUCAAAGACCGACUUCGCCCGUCCGACUGUUCCAGCGAGACGUGUAUGAUAGUGCCAAGAUUAACGUACGUCGGCCACCCAAAGGUAUCAAGCAUUGGUUCGAGGGUGCCUUGGACGAGGACAGCGACGAGCCAUUGGACGAAGUAUAUACACACUCGCCCGCACAUGUCCCAGUACACACCCGGCAAAAAGACACAUCUCGCCUCACACGUCAAACCUCGCUUGACCGUGUCCCCCAAAUCACCACACAACAUACAAUCCGUCCACAGCAGUCAACACCAGUCUUCAACACACACAGCUUCGCGCACGAAGAUGUUGUCGACGUUCAUUAUUUGACCUCGGCAAGUGAGUACUCGGUGGGAACCCUGUCUUCUAUGAGGACCAAGGAAUCCCUUCUCUCCACAAGAAACUUCCAGGACUCGAGCAUAUUAUCAUCCUCGUCCUCAGAGGAUGAGGGCGAUAACAGGCAUCGUGAAGAACGCCAAUCAAAGAUGCGAAGGAGUUGGGACAUAGGGGAAGAUGCCGGCGAGAUUAUCAUUGGACAAGCGCAGGCCUUUGAGGUGCGCCCGAGUCGGCGGUUGUCCCGUGGGAUGAGUGUCCUAUCCAAUUCGACAGAUGCUGCCACCAUCGAAGUCAUGUACACCCCAGAGCCGUCAUUCUCUCCCUAUCAACAUUACCCAAGGAGCAGCAACUUCAGUGGAAAUAGACUCUCGAGCCACAUCCGCCAACCCUCAGUCAUCCCCGAGGACGAAGAUUUCCGCCCCGUAACUGCGAUAUCUACUGUAGCACACAGUGCCCACAGUGCCUACAGUGCUCCCAGUGCACGUACAUCAGCAAAUGAGCCCAAGUCUUACUCGCAUGCGGAUCACAAAAUGAUGGCUGUUACUGAAGAGGAAAAGGCACUUUUGGAACUAAUGCGCAAAAAGCGUGCAGCGAUGAACGGUUCCUCGCAGGCCAGUAACGUAUCCACAGGCGAGCACCUAGAUCAACAAUCCUAUGUGUCUGAAGGUACUCAGAGGCUCCACCGAACUUCUGGGUUCCUGUCAACAGAGACACCCGCGGCGAGUCCUGUGAGAUUGGUGGAAACCCAUUCGAAGCGUCGAUCAGCUGCCCCAUCAACACCUCUCUCCCUAGCUUCUCGUGGCAGGACUGCAAAAGCUAUGCAUGAGACAAACAUGCAUGACAACUCCGGGAACGAUGCUUGGUCUGAACGCCAUCCCCCCCCUGUCAGGCAAUUUACACUUUCUCAUUACGACCAAGCAUCCUGCGACUCGUCACGUCCCAACUCUUACCUACGCGCUUCGCCCACCCUCUCCCCGACCAACACGGACCAUUUCUCGUCCCUGCCAUCUCCAAUCACACCAGGUUCCCACACUGAUCGAGCAGAUGUCAAAAUCAAGGUAGCCAGCAGUGAAACCAGCGAUGACGACGAAGUCGCUGUGUUAGAGUCUGGUGUCAUCGAUACCACGAUUGACGGCAUCAAAUUCGGCCAUGGUCGCCGCCGUACAGCGUCAAGUGGCGCCGACAUGACGUUUCCAGCUCCACCAGGUCACAAUGCCUCCGACCUACCUCGCGUAUCCGAAGCUGUGUCCCGCUCACGAAACAUUGUCGAGCCGUCACCACCCAAACUUUCGGGACAAAAUUCAAAACGUGUGAGCGGGUUGAUGUUGUCGCCAAGCAGCUAUAGUCAAACGAGUAGUAGACAGAGCAGCCUUGCAUCCAAUCAUUCGCAUGUGUCCGGUAAACGAAACCGGAAAAGUAGUCUGGCAAGCAUGAACGGCAGUACCAAAACGAGGAACAGCGUUAGUGACGAUGUUCUUGCUGCCUGGGGAAGUUUGGGCGGAACGUAUUGACCUCGGUCCGAAUAGUGCGACGCAGUUGUCUGAACGAGGGGUUUCUUAUGUCUAAAUCUCGUGGAUUCCUAGCAUGGCUUCAUGCCUGCUUAACGAUUUUCCUUACAUUUCCUAGUCCAUCUAGAAGUUUUGUAUAUUAAUGCUUCAUUAUCGUUCACCAGUCGGUCUUGGGUGUCACGUUACAUUGGCCGCAAACUGCGGAAUGAACUUCUUUUGAACUUGCUCCACCAAAUCAGGGCGUUCAGUAGCAUUUGCUAACUUGGUUGGGUUUGUAUGAUUUGUAGUUAUGUGGUGAGGUAGAUGGAGUGGGUGACCCCAGUCUGGGAUAUAUUCCACAAGGAAUCGAAAGUUCAAACGCAAGGAUUGCUCGGAGCUUGUAGAGAGGGCUCAAAGUGUCAGGGUGGUCCGUAACUUCCUUGCUUUUGGUUGUUAGUUCAAAAUCUAUAUUUUC